CUCUCUUUUCCCCCUUGUUAACAGCAACUUUCAUUGUUGGAGAGAGAAGAGCCUUGUUGGUUGACGUCACUUUUGGUUCAUGAAGGCUUCGCCUGGAAGUGAAGCUGAAUAAACCUUGAGAAGAGAAUCUGCUUCAAUCUGCUGCUGCUGUAAGGAACUAACCAGGGAAAGACAGCGAGACACAGAGAAACAGAUACACGCAGAGAGGGUUACAUUCUCCCAAAUUUCCCCACCCCUCUUUAGUGUUUCUUUACACUCUUCUUGAGGGUGUUGGAUAGGGAAACGUUCCUGACACACACACACCCAUCCUAACCUCCAGCAACCCGAGAAAGAGGAGAUCUCGUCCAAACUAGAAAGCUUGUUAAUCAGUGAUGUCCCAGAACUGACCACAUUAUCACAAUAUGGAGUCAGGAGAGCGACUAACAUCAUCAUCAGCCUCCUCUACUACAGCUACUUCCUCUCCUGCAUCUUCUACACCUUCUGUAGCAUCAGCAGUUUCCAAAGGUGGCCUUUCCACUGGAGCUGCAUCACUUAGCUCCACAAUCAACACAUGCGGACAUUUAUUCAGAACAGCUGGGGAUCAACCGUGUAACCUGUCCACAGUGUCGAGUGCCUUCCCAAUGGUCAGCCACCCAGUCUUUGGUCUACAUACAGCCAGCUCAGGGCAUUCAGAGUUUGGUGGCUUGGGAACACUUGGUACUCCCACAGCCUUAGCAGCACAUCCCCAACUAGCACCUUUUCCAGGUACAGAAUGGUGGCGAACAGAUGUGCACACUCGUACAGGGGCUGCUUUUUUCCCACCUCUUCUGGGAAUUCCACCACUAUUUGCUCCUCCUGCCCAGAAUCAUGAUUCCAGUUCAUUCCAUUCAAGAACUACAGGAAAAAAUAGUCGAGGUGGUUUAGAAAAAGGUGUGAAUGGAUCAGUAAAUGGAAACAGUACAACAUCAGUAUCUGGGGUCAACACAUCGGUAUUGCUCACUACCAAUGCAAGCUCUGCAGGACAAGCAAAGGCUAUAACCUCAGGAGGGGGAGGUCGCAAAUGUAACCAGGAACAAAACAAAAGCCACCUUUUGGAUACCAGAGCUGACAAAAUCAAAGAUAAGAAACCAAGAAAGAAAGCAGUAGAAAGCUCCAGCAAUAGUGAUAGUGAUUCAGGCUCCUCUUCAGACACCUCAAGUGAGGGCAUUAGUAGUAGUGACUCAGAUGAUCUAGAGGAAGAUGAGGAGGAGGAGGAAGAUCAAAGCAUUGAAGAAAGUGAAGAUGAUGAUUCUGAUUCAGAGAAUGAAGCACAACAUAAAAACAAGAACAAGGUGCUAAUGCAUAGUAGUGUAACAGACAUGAAAGCAGAUGGACAAAAAACACAUGAAAAGUCCCAGGAAAAGAGAACACACCAGCAGAUACCUCUUGUGUCUGAUUCCCAGACUCCCUCGUCAUUCCAAUCCCAGCAGAAGCAGCCUCAGGUUUUGUCACAGCAGCUUCCCUUUAUUUUUCAAAGCUCUCAGGCAAAGGAGGAAUCUGUGAACAAACACACAAGUGUAAUACAGUCUACGGGAUUGGUGCCCAGUGUGAAACCUUUGUCUUUGGUAAAUCAAGCCAAAAAGGAAACUUAUUUAAAACUUAUAGUCCCUUCUCCUGAUCUACUGAAAGCAGGGAAUAAAAAUACCUCUGAAGAAUCUAGCCGUUUAAACAGUGAUGUAAGAUCAAAACGGGAACAAUAUAAACAGACAUUCCCAGCACAAUUAAAGAAACAAGAAUCAUCUAAGAACCUGAAGAAGAUUAUCACAGCUUUGUCAAGUCCAAAACCAACCUGUAGUUUACCAGCUCAUCAAAAACAUGCAUCUCAAGAAAACAACCAUUCUAAUCCAUUCUUGACAAAUGCACUCUUAAGUAAUCAUCAACCCAAUGGAGUUAUUCAGAGUGUCAUCCAGGAAGCACCUCUGGCACUUACAACCAAACCUAAAUCCCAGCCCAAGAUAAAUGAAAACAUAGCUACUUCUAGCAGUGCCCCCUUUUCUUCACUAGGAAAUGUAAGUACAUGUGGGAAAAAAACAUCUGCUAAUCGGACGCCUGUUAUGCCCUCUACCUCUCCUGUGUUACCUGGUCUGGGAAAGGAAAAAGCAGUCAGCAAUAAUGCAAUAACAGCAGUAAAACCACAACACCGCCUUCAUUCUUCAAAAUCUCUAGUGGAACAAUUCAGAGGAACAGAUUCAGACAUUCCUAGUAGUAAAGACUCUGAUGACUCAAAUGAAGAGGAUGAUGAUGACGAUGAUGAUGAUGAAGACGACGAUGAAGAUGAAGAUGAUGAGGAUUCUGAUGAUAGUCAAUCAGAGUCUGAUAGUAAUUCAGAGUCAGAUACAGAAGGGUCUGAAGAUGAUGAUGAGGAUGACAAAGAUCAAGAUGAAUCUGAUACUGAUACUGAGGGAGAGAAAACGCCACUGAAACUGAAUAAAACAACUUCCUCUGUGAAAAGCUCUUCCAUCAGUCUCACAGCUCACUCUACGCCACUUAAUCUCCAAGUAGUAAAGACUCCAAGCUCUGCUCCUGCUGCCUUAUGUCCUGAAUCCCAGUCACCAGUUUUUCUUGGGACGCCUUCUUCCACACUUACUCCAAGUACACAUCGUGGUACUUCAAAAAGGCGAAGAGUAACAGACGAGCGAGAGUUGCGUAUUCCUUUAGAGUAUGGCUGGCAAAGAGAAACACGAAUAAGGAAUUUUGGUGGUCGCCUUCAAGGAGAAGUAGCGUAUUAUGCACCAUGUGGAAAGAAACUGAGACAGUAUCCUGAAGUGGUAAAGUAUCUCAGCAGAAAUGGAAUAAUGGAUAUCUCAAGGGACAAUUUCAGCUUCAGUGCAAAAAUAGGAGUGGGUGACUUCUAUGAAGCCAGAGAUGGACUGCAGGGUAUGCAGUGGUGUCUCCUGAAAGAAGAGGAAGUCAUUCCUCGUAUCAGAGCUAUGGAAGGUCGUAGAGGACGACCACCAAAUCCAGAUAGACAGCGUGCUAGAGAAGAAUCAAGAAUGAGGCGUCGCAAGGGCCGACCUCCAAAUGUUGGUAGCACUGAAUUUUUAGACAACACUGAUGCAAAGCUCUUAAGGAAGUUGCAAGCUCAAGAAAUAGCUAGGCAAGCAGCACAAAUAAAGCUUUUAAGAAAACUUCAGAAGCAGGAACAGGCUCGAGUUGCCAAAGAAGCAAAAAAACAGCAAGCUAUUAUGGCUGCUGAAGAAAAGCGGAAGCAAAAAGAACAGAUAAAGAUAAUGAAACAGCAGGAAAAAAUUAAGAGAAUUCAACAAAUCAGAAUGGAAAAAGAACUUCGGGCUCAGCAAAUUUUAGAGGCUAAAAAGAAAAAGAAGGAAGAAGCAGCAAAUGCCAAAUUAUUGGAGGCUGAGAAACGAAUAAAGGAAAAAGAGAUGCGAAGGCAGCAGGCUGUUCUUCUGAAACAUCAGGAGUUGGAGAGGCAUAGACUAGAUAUGGUAUGGGAACGAGAGAGGAGAAGACAACAUAUGAUGCUUAUGAAAGCCAUUGAAGCACGUAAAAAAGCAGAAUAUAGAUGAAACUUAAAAGAUUGCUGAUUAUGCCAAAUUAUAUGGUGUUUUUGUGAGG